GACGCACGUGAUGGACGUACAGCUGGGGAGCAAGGGGCUCCUGUUUCACGCCGUCCACAACGAGCAGACGGUCCUCGUGGACACGCCGGGGGAGGACGAGCGCUACGACCCUGAGACUGACGGAGCCUACCUCACCCGCUGGACCAUCCGGGAGGACAAGGAGGUCGGGCCCAUGGCCUGUGUGCCUGCGUGCAGGUGGAGGGAGGCGGAGGUGUACAACCCGCACGACGUUGACAUCCUGCAUGAAGCCGCGCGCCUCGUCGGGCUGCGGCAUCAGGCCAUGGCGGACGAGAGCCGGCAGUUCACGGAGAGCUGCAAGCUGUCGCGCCUGGUGCUGGAGGGAGGGAUCGACAACAUGGUGAAGGCAGAGGAGGAGCUGAAGGAGCUGAAGAAGAUGUGCAUGGGGCUCGCUGAUCGGGUGGAGACGCUCAAGAGCUACACGAAGAUCAAGUCGGAGAGGAGGGUCGCCAGGCAGGUUGCCAAGGAGUCUGCGCUCCUGUCGCCAGCAGAGCUGUUCGAGAUCGAGGAGCCGGUGCAGUCUCCUGCGUCUGUUGAGGAUGCCAACGACAGGACGCUAGAGGCUUCGACGAGGCACGACGGGAGCCACAAGAGCCCCGAGGACGAGGAGGAGUUGUUCGAGAUGGAGGAGAGGUGAGGGGGAAGGAGGGGCGAGGGGCGGCAAGGAGGAGGGGAGAUGAGGGAGGAACGAAACAAGCGUUUUUAUUCACUUCGGUAACAUCUGGACCCUCAGAUUCG